UCUCGCUCCAAGAAGUCCAUCGGCUAACUUUCCACAAUGGCAAUGCUUCCUUGGUCCUUCAUAGCUUAGCUUAGCACCCAGCCAUAGCAUGUUCGCCCUCCUUGUAAUGGUUAAAGUCCUUCGGCUGCUUGCUACUGCACUCGACGAAGACGGCUUCACAAUUAACAGCCUCUUCAAGCUUUUCUGUUCCUCACUCACAAGUUGUCCUUUUGCGUUUGACUAUCUUAGCUCAGGAAGCAUUAAAGUUCUUUUAUAAAAGAAGAGUAAGGUAGAAUUGGGCAGACUAAAAUAACGACAAUAUGAACGUGCCAACAACCCACAGUAACAGAGCCUCACUGGACUCACAUUGUCGUAUUCAACCUCUCUCGACCGCUGCUGCUAAGGCGAAAGUUAAAAGAUACUGAAAUUGAAUAAACUAAAAGUUGAUGAAGGAAGGAAAGAAUGUGGUUGAGGGAAGUAAAGAAGCUGGGAAUACUGAGGAAACCAAAAUAAUUUUGAGAGACUGAAGAAGAAUAGGAUCUGUCCAUUCCAAGUAAAGUAUUCAUUGUUUCAUCAGUAUUACAAAACCCUAGCUAGCUAUCAAUCGUAUAACUUCAUCGAUCUGUUUCCAUUAUUGCUUUCAUUUCUUCAUCUGCAACCUCAAGUCAGGAGUUUGCAUCUCAACUAGAGACACUAUAAGAUCAGUUACUGUUGCUGGCAUUUCUGGUUCUGCAAUCUCAAGAAUCUGUAACUGAAGAGCGACACAGUGAGAGAGAGAAUCUGCAAGCUCAAGAACCACUGAGCUGGGAUCAAAUAGUGUUAGAUCUAUUUCUGUUGGUGAUAUUAUAUUAUUCUGGAUUUGCAACGUAAAGAUUCAGACAGUUUAAGGUGUAAGUGAAUCUUGAGACAGAAAUAUCAUCUGCAAUCUCAACAACCAUUGAAAUACUGUCAGGUCCUACAAGUUGCUGAGAUGACAGAGGUGGUUUUUGCUAUUGUAUCAAAAGUCUCGGAAUUUUUGGUGGACCCAGCAAUACAUCAAGGAUAUUACUUGUUUUGUGUCGGCAAACUCACCAAAAAGCUUGACGAAGAAAAGGAAAACCUGACAUCAACAAUAGAUGGGAUUUCUCAACGUGCAGGAGAAGCAAAGAAGAAAACUGAGAAGAUUGAAAAUGCUGUGAAGAAAUGGUUGCAAGAAGCACAAAGUCUUCUGCAAGAUGCGGAGAAUUUGGAAAAAGAAGUGAGAGCCAGCGGUUGCUUCUGGAAUUUGUGCCCCACUUGGCGAAGAUAUUGUUUAUGCAAGCAGUUGGCAAGGAAGAUAGAAAGAAUGAUGGAGCUCAAGAACAACAGCAAGUUUGAGAGAUUUUCUAGUCCCAUUUCACUCCCAACCAAUGUUGAAUACUUCUCCUCAGGAAACUUUAUGAUAUUUAAAUCCACAAAGUUGGCUUAUGAUCAACUUUUGGAGGCGAUGAAAGAUGAUGAUUGCUUUAUGGUAUGCUUGCAUGGGAUGGGAGGGUGUGGCAAAACAACCCUUGCAAUAGAAGUGAGCAAAAGGGCUAAAGAACUGAAUCUCUUUGAUAAAGUUGUUUUUACUACUGUGUCCAAAUCUCCUAAUGUUAGAAAGAUUCAAGGUGAAAUUGCUGACGAAUUGGGUUUGAGUCCACUAAAGGAAGAAAGCGAGGCUGGGAGGGCAAGACGAUUAUCAUUGGGAAUGCGAAAGGGGAGGAUUCUUAUUGUAUUGGAUGAUGUCUGGGGAAUUUUGAAUCUUGAAGACUUUGGGAUCCCGUUAAAUUGCAACCUUGAAGGCUGCAAGGUUUUAUUAACUACACGUCUCCAACAACUUUGUUCAUUGAUGAAUGGUCAAAGGAAUGUUCCAUUGCAUCUCUUAUCAGAAGAGGAAGCUUGGACUUUUUUUCAAAACAAAGCAUGCAUAGUUGAUGACUCUUCUUUGUUAAAUACUGUGGCACGAGAGGUUGCAGCAGAAUGCAAAGGAUUGCCCAUUGCAAUUCAAGCUGUGGGAACAGCUUUGAAAGGAAAGCCUCUUGAUAAUUGGAAGGAUGCGUUAUAUAAACUAAGGCAUUCGAAACCUAUUGGAGUGCCCCAAGGUGUGAAAGAUGCCUUUACUUGUCUUCAAUAUAGCUAUGAUGCCUUGACAAGCAAUGAGGCAAAGGGUCUUUUCUUGACAUGUAGUAUUUUUCAAGAGGAUCGUGUGAUCAAAAGAGAAGACUUGUUUAGAUAUGGAGUAGGGUUAGGUUUAUUUGGGGAAGCUAGUACAUUUGAUGAUUUAAGGAGCAGAGUGAAUGCAGCUUUAACUGACCUCCUUGAUUAUUCUUUGAUAAUGCAUUCUGAGACAGGACAAAACUGCUUCAAAAUUCAUGAUGUUGUUCAUGAUUUUGCUUUGUGGGUAGCAUCCACAAUCAACCGUCCUGUCAUAGUUGACCAUGCAAAGGGGCUGAGUUCGUUGGCUUUGGAAGGAAACAUAAAAAAUUGUUUUGCUAUAUCUACAUGGUCCAAUAAAGACGAAGAUCCAUUUCCUCAACAAUUAUAUGUUCAAAAGCUAGAGAUGCUAUUACUAAUUUCAGCUAGACAGUUCAAUUUGUCUCAUGCAUCAUUUGAAGGCAUUGAAGGACUCAAGGUUAUGGCUUUAUGUGCAACCUAUCAUUUUCAAAAGGUUAGUGUAUCAUUGCCACAAUCAACCCAGUGGUUGAGUAAUCUUCGAACUCUACGUCUGGUAAGAUGUAAUUUGGGUGACAUCUCAUUUGUGGUUUCCUUAAAAAGCCUUGAGAUUCUUGAUUUGAAGAGGAGUGAGUUCAGGUUAUUGCCAAAAGGAAUAGAAGAAUUGACUAAACUGAAAUUGCUAGAUUUGAGACAUUGCUCGAUAAUGGAAAAUUGUGAUGAAGUGAUUAAGAGGUGUUCACAGCUUGAAGAAUUAUAUGUGUACGGAGAUGAAGCAUACUUUGGGAAAAAUAUUUCAGAUUCUCAUAAUACUUGGUUUCUGGAGAAGGCCUCCUUCCUGAAAUUGCAAAGGUAUAGAUUACAAUUUGGGAAAGCUAAAAUUCCUCUCAAAAGUUUGCCUCUAAUUUCCCGAGCCCUACUCAUCAGGGAAUUAAAAAUCCCCACCUUAAGUAUAGUUGUCAAGGAUAUGAUGCAAAGAGCUGAUUGUCUUUUUCUGGAGGACCUUGUUGGAGGUUGCAAAAGUAUCAUCCCAGAUUUGGUUGCAGCUGUAGGAAGCAUGAAGCAAGUGAUCAAAUUAAGUCUCUAUUCCUGUUUAGAGAUAGAAUUCUUCAUCAUCUGUUCAACUAAUCCAUCUCAGGCUUGUCAUGACUUUCCGAUGUUAAUAGCAAUGAAGCUGAGUGCUAUGAAACAUUUGAAACAAGUGUGCCUUGGGCCUCCUCCACCUAAAUUCUUUCAGAAUUUGAAAGAAGUAUUCAUGUGUGAUUGUCCUCAAUUGACAAGAAUAUUUCCUGGGGAGUGCAAUCUGUGCAACCUUAAAGAGCUUGUCAUCUCCAAAUGUCCAAUGUUGACAUCACUCUUCUCAAAGCAGGUUGCGCAAACUCUAUUGCAAUUAGAAGUCAUGAAGAUAGAAUAUUGCAGCGAGUUAGAGUGUAUAAUAUUCGAUGAAGAGGAUGACAUUGGUGCAACAACAAGGGAGCAAAAGGUUCAUGUUUUAGAAAAUUCUCCAUUGACAUUCCCAAAAUUAAGAAUUCUGACAGUUGAAGAGUGUGACAAGUUGGGAUACAUAUUCCCAAUUUUUUUUGCUCAAGGCCUUCUGGAGCUGCAAAAAAUUAAGAUUACAAGUGCUCCUCAGAUGAAGUAUGUAUUUGGAAAAGAUGUCGCUGAAGAUCUUUCAACCAAUCAGAAGAAGAUUCAAAUUUUGUUUCCUCAAUUAAAAGAGAUACAUUUAUCUUUUUUACCAAGUCUGGUCAAAAUUUGCCAAGAAAAUUGUCAUCCAUGUUGGCCAUCCUUGAAGGAAAUAAAUUGGCUCUCUUGUCCCAAUUUAACAAAUAAGGGACCGCAUGAAAUUGAGACAAUGGGAUGUGAAGUGCUGUGCAUUAGCAAUUGUGGAGUGACUGACAUAUUCCAUGUUCGAGGAGAUGGACAUAGAAGUAACGAUCAAGAAGCAACAACCUCCAAAUUGAAAGAGGUAAAGUUAGAAAUUCUUCAAAAGCUGAGUAUCAUAUGGAGAGGCCUUCACAGCUUUACACAAAUUCUAAACCUCAGUUAUCUUGAAUCCAUAACAAUUGAUCGAUGUGGAAAGUUGAAAUGUAUCUUCCCUGCUUUCAUCGAUAGAGGCUUUCCACAUUUGAUUGAUCUUGCCAUACAUAGUUGUGAGAAUUUAGAGGAGAUUUUUGAAGAGAAUGAAGAAGAGCUUCAAAAUCCAUCCAGGGUUCAAGAGUGUUUUCCCAAGCUUGAGGAAAUAACAGUGACUGGAUGCCCUAAGCUAAAAGUUAUAUUUUCUAUAAGAAUGGUUAAAAGUUUCCCACAAUUAAAGACUUUAUGGAUUUCUGAGUCUUUGGAACUAAAGGAGAUUUUUGGAGGUCCGAAUGAAGGCAUUAUCUCUGACAAUGAAAAGGAAAUUUCAGUCCCAAACUUGAGAGUGAUAACACUUGAAAACCUGCCAAACCUCACUGACAUUUGCCAAGGGUUUAAUUUUCUCCCAAAGGAGCUUCACAAGAUUCAAAUAUAUGGUUGCACUAAAUUUGCUCCUAUUUUAGAAGCAACUCGGUUUUGGAGAGAAAAGGGCUUACGCAUUUUUGUGUGCAAUCGGGGAGUGAUAGACAUUUUCCAAAUUGAUGGGUCUGUAAAUUUUGGUGGGACUGAGCAGUACCAAUACAUGGGCGGACAAGUGGUUCUGUUGGAAUCCGAACAUAAACUAUGGAGCGGUCCUAUUCCCAGAAACGUGUUGAGCUUCCAAUAUCUUCGUAGUUUAGUAGUGAGUCAAUGCAGUACCAUGAAGUGUUUGUUCCCUUUGAGUGUCAUCCAUGAAGGCCUGCCCGAGCUGGCUUACCUGUUAAUAUCUGGGUGUGAUGAAAUGGAGCAAUUGGUUGAUAUUGAAGAAGACAUAGGAGAACAAGAGGUUAAUGCAUGCAUUAAUAAUAUUCAAGUCUCAGGAUGCUUUCCGAAGCUAAGAGAACUAAUGGUGGAUAGUUGCAACAAACUGAUCAGACUUCUCCCAGCAAAAAUAUUAAUAGCUAGAGAGCUUCCACAGCUUGAGAUUAUGUUGAUAGUAAAUGCUGCUGAGUUAAGAGAACUGUUUGGUCAAAAGGUUGCGCUUCCAAACAUGAAGAAGCUAACACUAGCCAAUGUGCCGCAUUUGACAUCCUCCUCGGUGGAAACUAUUUCCCGAAAAGGUGGUGGCAUGUACUCCAUAGCACAAAUUGGGUCUCGUUUGGUGCACUUGUUCGAAUAGAUCAUAUCAAAGAGAGAAUAAUGUAAUUCCAAGGGAAAGGGAAAAAUGAUAUUUCUGCAUGUGAAAUGCUCAUUUAAUCAAAGAAAUAAUAACAUAUAGGAAUACGGUUAUUAUUGAUUUA